ACGCUGCGCCCAAAUUUACCCCGUCUCUCGCUUCUCAGUCUUCUAGGGUUUCAAAUCCCUUAGGGUUUCAAAACGUACAAAGAAGCAAGGCGGUUGGAGUUUGUUCCUAACAAUGUCACGUGUUUAUGUGGGUAACUUGGAGCCUCGAAUUACUGAACGAGACCUUGAGGAUAAGUUUAGAGUUUAUGGAGCGAUCAAAUGUAUCUGGGUUGCCAGAAGACCACCAGGCUAUGCUUUUAUAGAUUUUGAUGACCGCAGGGAUGCAGAAGAUGCUAUUCGUGACAUGGAUGGUAAGCAUGGGUGGAGAGUUGAGCUAUCUCAUAAAAGUGCAGAGGAUGGUCGUGGUGUCGGUGGUCGUGGUCGUGGUCGUGGUCGUGGUCGUGACCAUUAUGGUAGUUCGGAUUUGAAGUGUUACAAAUGUGGUGAACUGGGCCACUUUGCUCGUGAGUGCCGCCUGACAAUUGGCCCUGGAGGUCUAGGGAGUGGGCGCCAUAGAAGCCCAAGUCCUAGAUUUCGUGGAAGUCCAAGUUAUGGUCGGAGGAGCUAUAGCCCGCGUGAUUGGUCUCCAAGGCGUCGAAACUUUUCAUCUCGCCGUGGUCGUAGCUACAGCAGAUCUCCUCCAUAUAUUAAUGGAAGGAAUGCUGCAGCUAAUGGGAGGCGCUGAAGCAGGAGCAGGAGUUAAGUAUCCCAAGCUGGAGCCAUUAUCUAGUUUCCCUAGUCUUAUCUUAUGAAAUCUGUCCGUUAAACCAUCUUGUUUGAAAGAGACUGUGCAUCAUUGUUUGCUUUUGUGUUUACUCAUUUAUGCUAAGAUAUAUAGCUAAAUAGCAUGGAUUAUUAUACAGUUGAAUUGAAGACUCAUAAAAAGCACUAAAAAUGUUUACUUUUUUUUUGUUUUUCUUUUUUGUUGGUUGAGGAGGCUUUUCCCUGCUUCAACAAAUGCUGCUCUUACAUUUCGUUGCAUCCAUGCUCGCCAUCUUCGUAAUGACUUUUCUUUCGUCGCGUCCGCAUCCAUGAGAACUCGUUAUGCAGUUUGAAUAUUUUAGUGAGGAUGAUCUACUCCAAAUGGGACAGAGGGGGAGAGGAUCUGUUACCAAUGUGCUGCUCAUGUCUGGUUUCUUCCCAUUUGCUCUUAAUUUUUCACAUACAAAUUCUCUUCCUUUUUUCCAAUCUGUGUCUGUGAGUGGCCAUCCUGACCUAACUGAGCGCCCAUCAGGUAAAGCUCCCGCUCCCAAUUCCAUAGUCUGAAGCUAUCUGGCAGUAUAAAAUUAUUGGGAAAUUUACAUAUAUAUCUCACUAUUCUUAUGUAUUGGCAUAUCUCACAACAAAAUUUUGAUAUUUACUUAUGUAGCAUUUUGAUGCUUUAAACCCAUGUAUGAAAAAAAAAUACAUUUUGCCUUUAAAAGUGAUAAUACUAUUGUUGAUGUGAAUCUAAGGAUUCGAAUGUGAUGUGUGUAAAUAUGAAAGUUGAGAUAUGUAAAUACAGAAGAAUUGUGCGAUAUGCAUGUAAAUGCCCAAAAUUGUUUAGCUAAUAGAUUUGCAGGAGUGGUUUUUUCCCCGGUUUCUUCUCUUCACUGCGAAAUGCUGGUGGCAAAAGAAAGCUUUUGUCUUGCGAUUCGAUCAUAAGAUUGCCGCUCUGAUUCGUUCUUGAUUCUACGCUUCUGCGAAUCGACAGAUGAGUUCUAGCUACUCUAUUUUCAUUUGGAGUUUAUUAUUGAGCCCACCUAUUGUUUAU